CGACUCUUCCGUCGGUACCGUCAGUCCUUGUAGCGCGAGCUCUCGCACGACCCGCCGCGCCCUCCGGUCUCCGUGUUUGAAGCGAACGUCGCGAGCAGCUCAGGGAUGGCGGAGGCUCCCGGCACGUCGAGCGAGACGGUAACGGAGACCGUUCUGAGCAGCGCGCCGCCGCCGCAGCAGGAGGGACGGAGCCUGACCAUCAAGCUGAGGAAGAGGAAGACUGAGAAGAAGGUGGAGUGGUCCAGUGACACCGUGGACAACGAGCACCUCGGGAGGAGGUCUUCAAAGUGCUGCUGCAUCUACGAGAAGCCCCGGCAGUUUGGAGAGUCGUCCUCUGAGAGCGAGGGAGACGACGGUGACGAUGAAGGGUGCGGCAGCGCUCACUGCGUCCUGGGCCACAGCAGAGGAGGCCAUGGGCCGAGGGGGGGCGGAGGGACCACAGGGCCCCACCCCCACUAGAGGGUCCCCCGUCACAACCACUGCACUCUCUUUAGUUUGGUCCCAUCGCUGGAUUACUGCCCGGAGCCACGUGGACUCCGCCUCCAGAGGGCGCUCAGUGACCCGUCUUGAAGGAGACGCCGUGACCUUUGCAUGUUUUAGCCGUGUUCUGGGACGCACGGCGGGGAGAGCAGCGCCAUGAGUCCUGAAUCCCCAUGCUCUGCCAAUAAAGCUGGAGGUGUGUGCUCCACCACAGAGGA